UCGUGCGCUCCCAGGAAGUGAAGACCACGGUCGCCUCCUCGGAGCCGGCCGGCUGCACGCGGUCCACGCGCACGCGGUUGUCCAUCCUGCAGAGCAAACGCCUCCCUCCCAUUAGGUCACCUUUUGAGUGUGCCGAGUGUAUUUUUACGUUCCGGACCACGCUGAGCCAGAGAUACAAUUAUUUUUUGACUUCUUCGCCCACCCACGGUGAAAACUGUUGCAGACGAGAAGCGGGCAGGCUCGACGUCCGUCCGGACUCCCGAGCCGGCCGCGGCGAGGCUGGAGGAGGGGCGGGCCGGGGGCGCGGGCUCGUGUGCACGCGCACUGCGCAUCCCCGCGCUCCCGGCGGCCGGUCCCUCCAGGGCCAGGUCCCUCCAGGUCCCCGCGGCCGCCGCGCUGAGUGGCGGCUUUGCGCCCCGCCCGCCGCCCGCGCCUCCGCCCCCUCCGCGCGCUCUUAAACCCCUCCGCCGGGACCCUCGGCCGGGAAGCGGGCGGCGGGCGGAGGCGCGGCGUCGUCGGGAAGGAGGCAGCCGCCCGGCCGGCAGCCCAUCGCGCCGGGACUCGAACCGGCCGGCCCCAGACUUCGUCCGCCUGGCGCCCGCUGCUCCCGGUCCGGCCGGGGCUUCCCUCUCCCCUCUUUUCCUGUCCUGUCCUCUCUCCCGCUCCCUCUCUCCCUUGAAAAGGUGACUUUCUGUGAUCAGGGAUAGGGGAGCUGGAGGAAAAAUUAAUUUAUUUUUAACGCACAGAGAAAUUUUUAAAAGCAUCAGAAGACCCAAGCUCAACGGAAUAGUAAAGACAAUAUUAGCCAGAUUCCCCUUCUCGGGGUGGAGCACCAAACAUUUAAGGCUCCCCCCAUUUUUUCAAAUGUUGCUUUUAAAUUUCUUAUUUUUUCUGGCCGGUCGUCUCAAAUUCAUCUGAGCUGUCGUUACCUGAUUCUGGGCCCCGCCCCAGCGCCCCUGGGCCACACAGACCGACGGCCGCGGACGGCUCUAUGAGCAGAGCCGAGCAAGAUGCAUUGUGAGAGGUUUAUAUGUAUCCUGAAAAUAAUUGGAACCACGCUUUUUGGAGUCUCUCUUCUCCUUGGAAUCACCGCUGCUUACAUUGUCGGCUACCAAUUUAUCCAAACGGAUAAUUACUAUUUCUCUUUCGGACUGUAUGGUGCCUUUUUAGCUUCACACCUCAUCAUCCAAAGCCUGUUUGCCUUUCUGGAGCACCGAAAAAUGAAAAAGUCUCUAGAAACCCCCAUUAAGUUGAACAAAACUGUUGCUCUUUGCAUUGCUGCCUAUCAAGAAGACCCAGACUACCUACGGAAAUGUUUGCAAUCUGUGAAAAGGCUCACCUACCCGGGGAUUAAGGUUGUCAUGGUCAUCGAUGGGAACUCCGAUGAUGACCUCUAUAUGAUGGACAUCUUCAGUGAAGUCAUGGGCAGGGACAAGUCAACCACUUACAUCUGGAAGAACAAUUUCCAUGUCAAGGGUCCUGGUGAGACCGAGGAGUCACAUAAAGAGAGCUCGCAGCACGUGACGCAGUUGGUCUUGUCCAACAGAAAUGUGUGCAUCAUGCAGAAGUGGGGUGGAAAACGGGAAGUCAUGUACACCGCAUUCAAAGCCCUAGGACGCAGUGUGGAUUAUGUGCAGGUUUGUGAUUCGGAUACCAUGCUUGACCCUGCCUCAUCUGUGGAGAUGGUGAAAGUUUUGGAAGAAGACCCCAUGGUUGGAGGUGUUGGUGGAGACGUCCAGAUUUUAAACAAAUAUGAUUCCUGGAUCUCUUUCCUCAGCAGUGUGAGAUACUGGAUGGCAUUUAAUAUAGAGAGAGCCUGUCAGUCCUAUUUCGGGUGUGUCCAGUGCAUUAGUGGACCCCUAGGAAUGUACAGAAACUCCCUGCUGCAUGAGUUUGUGGAAGACUGGUACAAUCAGGAAUUUAUGGGCAACCAGUGCAGUUUUGGUGACGACAGGCACCUUACGAACCGGGUGCUGAGUCUGGGCUACGCCACGAAAUACACAGCUCGCUCCAAGUGCCUUACUGAAACCCCAAUUGAGUAUCUCAGAUGGUUGAACCAGCAGACCCGCUGGAGCAAGUCUUACUUCCGUGAGUGGCUGUACAAUGCGAUGUGGUUCCACAAGCAUCAUUUGUGGAUGACCUACGAAGCAGUCAUCACUGGAUUCUUCCCAUUCUUUCUCAUUGCCACAGUGAUCCAGCUCUUCUACCGGGGUAAAAUCUGGAAUAUCCUCCUCUUCUUGUUGACUGUCCAGCUAGUAGGGCUCAUAAAAUCAUCUUUUGCCAGCUGCCUUAGAGGAAACAUCGUCAUGGUCUUUAUGUCUCUCUAUUCAGUGCUGUAUAUGUCAAGUUUACUUCCUGCCAAGAUGUUUGCAAUCGCGACCAUAAACAAAGCGGGGUGGGGCACAUCGGGAAGGAAAACCAUUGUUGUCAACUUCAUAGGACUCAUCCCAGUGUCGGUUUGGUUUACAAUUCUCCUGGGCGGUGUGAUUUUCACCAUUUAUAAGGAAUCUAAAAAGCCAUUUUCCGAAUCCAAACAGACAGUUUUAAUUGUUGGGACUCUGCUCUAUGCAUGCUAUUGGGUCAUGCUAUUGACACUGUACGUGGUCCUCAUCAAUAAGUGUGGCAGGCGGAAGAAGGGACAACAGUACGACAUGGUGCUGGAUGUAUGACCGAACCCGAUUUGGUGACUUCGAGGGGCUGUACAGUUGUGGCAACAGAUAGUGCCAUCAAGGAGACAUAUCACUGCUGCUGGAACUUGAACAAAGACAUUUCUAUGGUUUAUUUUGAUUUCUGCCAAAGUAAAACGAUGCGCCAAUAAAAGACCCUCCGCUGUAACCUGUUCCGUCUAUGAAAAUGGAGUGAAUCCUUUGUUAUGCACUUUGUGCUCACUGUGCAUUGCCUGACAGUGUUGGCCCUACAUACCUCACUAGCCAUGCUUUCUGUGGGCGAUCAUGGAGAAAAUGAUUUUGGAAACUCAAGGAAAAGUUCUUUCGGUCUGUACAACCUAACUUAUGGACUGUUUGAUAGCUAAUGUUUUGGAAGGAUUUUCUCUUAAUUAUACCAAAUGAAAUGCCAAAGGAAAUCUUAAAGGCCGUUGGCUGUGCUAUAUUUUGAUAUAAUUGUACUGUUUUAAAAUUUUGUAUGCCAAUUUUUAAAACAAAUUUUGCAUAGUCUAUAUUUUACUUUUCUGCCAAAAUAUACCUGUUCUUCCUUUUUUUAAUGAAAUAGGUUCUGAAAAAAUUCAUACUUAAAAAAUACCUGCCCAAAAUGUGAAGCUUGGUUGACUGAUUUUUAUGAUAGGAGAAAAUGUUUUUUGUCUUUCUACCUUUUAAAAUUUAAUAGUUUAUCUCUGUGAAAAUGUUUUAAAACUUUUACUACUUUAACUGUAGUUUCAUUUGUUUAGAAAAGACCAAUAUACUUGUCACACUUUGUCAGUAAACAUACAUAUUUACUUGUGUACAAAAAAAUCAUCAACAAUUAAGGCCAAAGGGGUAGAAAAGUGCAAUUUUUUCACGCAGUUUUUUUUAAAAAGGAGGCUAGUCAUUGAGAGAAAAAACUAGGUAUCCAGCACAGGACAAAGCCUGCGCACCCAGGUCAACAAGAAAGUCUGGUACUUUUUGCCAGGUCAAGUGUGUGAGUUGGACAGAUGCAACACGUACCACAUGUACGUGUGUUUCACCUAUUUUUUUCUGCUUGCCAGUUGCUGUUCCAUGUUAGUGUGAUGUUUACAUGGGUGGCUUAGAUAUAUUUUAAAAAUAUAGAGCAUAACGAUUCAGAAUUGGCAGAUGAAAGCCCCUAGAUCUUCAGGGAGGUGUCUGCUAGCCUGUACAGAGGGCUUCAUUUCUUCUGUUCUUGGCAUCCAUAAAAAUGUCUGUGUAGUAGAAAUGGUGUUAAGGGUUAAUAAAUAUAACAAAAAUUGACACGUAAAAAUGAUGUCCUCUAAACUUGACUAAUUUGGUUUGGCCUGUUGUGUGGCCGACCCUGCCUUGCAGCUGGUGCUGUGUAGACCUGUGUAAAACCCAAUUGGAACACACAAAGUUGAUCAAGAGUACUGUGGUGAAGCGGAUACAUGAAGAUACACUUUCUGCCGUUAUGCUUCCUUUUCUGCAGACAACUAGAUUUAGCCUAAAAAAGCUGCACAUUCUACCUUCUGAGAACAAGAAGUUACAUUCACUUGUGAAGCUCUUACUGAUUCGAGAGCUUGAGGGAAACGAACACAUCAUGCCAAUAAAUGAGACUAAAACUUGAGUUUGCCUUUUUAACUAUUUAUGUUUAAGUUAAGCUUUUAUAACAUUCAAAUGUCAAAUUCUCUCAUUCUUAUAAAAUUGAAUUAAUUGCCUGUAUUUAUUUUAGCAAUUAUUCAAUGUAUUUCCAGUAUAGGAUGUAUAGUAUAACUGAUUUUUUUGUAAAUAAAAUAUUUUUGAUAAGA